AUGGAGACCAUUCAUGAGCCUGGCGGUCCUCACGACUCCCUCGAGAAGAACCUGUUCGAGGGCGAAGGUACGACGCACCCGCCUACUCCUCUCCUUGCUCCCCCCGAUGCUCGUGCGCCGACGCGCUCCCCAACUCCCAUGGCACACCGCUCUCUGACCUUUCUCGCUGCAGGGACCGGACAGGAAACCGACUCGGAUCGCAGCAGUCACGAUGGCCGCUCACAGGCCGGCGCCACGCCGCCGACGACUCCGCCCAAGAGUCCGCAGCAGCGGCUCGACUUCGCGCCCGGCCUGAGCGGUGUCAAGGUGAGGACAAGACUGCAGGGCAAGAUGCCGAGCCCCUUGAACCUGCACGCCAUGUCCAAAUUGGCCAAGAACCUACCCCUCGAGGACAUACAUGAUGCCUACUCGACAGUCGUGGAUUCCGUGGCGCAUGCCAACCAAGCCCGCAGCUUCAUCGAGGAGCUCAAGUUCCUCGUCAUCUCCUCACAGCUAUGCGACGACCAGCCCUCGUUUGGCUCCUUAUCCAUGGCCCCACUGCCCACGAACGCUCCCCCGCCAGAGGUGAUCAAGGAGAUCUACAUCCAUCCGUGGACUACAAAUGGUGCCGUGGCUACGGGCGCGCUGAGCUUCACGAUAGCGUGUCUGGUUCGGUGGUUCUACAUCGGAGGCACAUUGAUCGUGUCGCUCAGGCGCAUCGUGAUAGCCGCUGUCGCGCUGACCGGUGUGGCAUGGGUCCUCAGGAUAUAUAUGAGGCGCCAGUGGUCCAAGUAUAUCCACGAGCAGGCGCUCAACGAGAUGAGGCGGUUUGUGCGGACAUCGUCCGACUUUGACAGUCUCGCCAGCUCCGCUCUAAGUUUCGUCCUGGAGGUUGAGCUCGUUUCCCGUGGCUUCCGAGUAUCCUUGCCGCUACCCCCUCUCAGCCGUAUGGAAUCGAACGGGCAGGAGUUGAGGAGUUUGAACAUCAGGAAGGAGCUGCAUCAGAAGUUGAAGGACGUCAUUGACGUCUACUAUAGCACAGCCGUGGCAAUCAGGGAGUUUGCCGACCAGGCGGAACUGAAGCUCAACGAUACCGGUCUCAAAUGUGAUCCAUUGAAGAUCAAGGCUUAUUAUGGAGGUUCUUCAAGUCUUUCUCCCGAGGAAACCGAGGCUGUGGCUGCGCGGCUGGAUAAGGACUCUUCGAUCAAAGAAUACGUUGAUAUUCAGGGCUUUACCAAGCUCUCCGAGAAGGAGGCCCAUAUGACUGCUCAGCUGCGAGAAACACUCCGGUUCGCACGUGACACGCGCCGGAUGUUUCUGGUGGGUUUGGUGUCCCUGGAGACAACGGGCAGCAAAGCCGAGUUGUUACAUUACACCGCGGCGUUGGAAGGCAUACGGAAAUGCAACAUGGAAACACAAAAGGCUGCCUUGGCGUUGCAGCGUGUCCUGCUGCCCCCCCGAGACAAAGGUGAAGAACAGACCCCAUUGAGCCCGCGGCAUGCCAAGUGGAAACACCAGAUUAUGAAAGUUGGGGAUAUGAAUAUGAGUAUCCGCAAUAUCCAGGCGAAGAUGGCACUCCUGCUAGACGAAUCCAGGAAUACGCUUGAUAAGGGCACCGCCAACGACGUCACAGAGCUGGGGCCGAUGUUUAUGGGGAGAUAUGAGGCCAUUGGCAACGAGAUCAAAGACUUAAUGGACGCUUGGGAGGCUGGCAAGGCCAGUCUCGCUUCAACGAUAGACAAGAAUGAGCGCCGCGUCUCGUCGAUGAGUUCCGCCCUGUCACCCUCGGGCGUUGCCUCGAGACUGCCGUCAUUAGUCGACCAGGGGGGCGAGGAUGGAGGCGUUGCAGAGGCAUGGGACAGACUCACCAGUGGAGAGGCACCACCCACGACGGACUCCAGCACCUCGCCUGUGAGUCCAGCCACGUACCAACCGCACGUCAUGGAGACAUUCGAAGCUAUUGCUACUCCUCGGCCGCGGAGUAUGCUGACCCGCCAGGAACGAAUUCAGAGGGUCAACGAGGAGCGGGCGAUGAAAUUGGCGGCCAGAGAACGUGCUCUUCAGCAGGGGUGGAUCAUGGGCGAGCUCAAGGACGUGCUGAAGAGCAGAGGCCUCCAUGGUGUUGUCGACGCGAACGGCGAGCGAACCGUGUCGCCGAGGACGUCCCUCGCUCCGUCGUUCCGACCCGGCUCAAGAGUAACGUCCAUGCCACUGUGA